CCUCACUAAUGUAAUGUUUGUCAUUUCACUAUUGCCUUCUAGAGUCAUCAUCCAAAGUCUCUGCUGCUGCUGUGUGAUGGGGGACCGCGAGUGAGCAGGGGGGCAGAUCCAGCUCAGAUCGGAUCAGUAUUCAUGGAGCAGAGCCCUGCUGCCAUGUGGGCCUGUCUGCUCGGGGCCGGACUUGUCCUGGGUAAAUGCUCCGAUUCCUCACGUCCUGGCUCCAUCCGUCUCUGUUACAACCCACCCCAAACCCCCGGAGCUGGUCUCGUGUGUGUUCCAGGAACGAGCUAAUAUCACCUGUCAAUGGAAGCCCGGAGACCCCCAGAUGACGAACUACACUCUGAGCAUUCGGAAAAUGGCAGGAGCUAAGGUGUUUACCUGCCCUCCUACCUCUGACACCAAAUGCACGGUGACAAUAGGCGAUUCAACUGUGAGGAGUGACUUCUGUAUCAACAUCACAGCACACGGUCGAGACGGUAACGUAACAUCAGGACCUCGGUGUCAGUCUGGAAGGAUUGAAAUCAAGUUAGAGCAAGUGAAGUUAGAAGAUGUGAGGCCAGUGGCUGCUGAUCCACGGUGUCUGUCGGUUUCCUGGAGACGUAAAUUGAACUUUGCUGUAUCGCCAAAUGAGAUAAAAGAUGGAAUCUUGAAAUCUCAAAUUGCAUUUAAGGCAGAGGGACAGUGUGAUUUUCAGGUGGAAAAUGUGACAGUGAGAGACUUCAACUUCACGGUGUGUUUGUUCAGAGCAGACACCACUUAUACGCUCAAACUCCGACACCGUUACAACAGCUCCAGGAGCCCAUGGAGUUUAUGGAGCAGCACAGCACAGGGAAGAACGGCAGAGGACGCUCCGUCAUCAGCGCUGCUGUUCUGGAGGCGGGUCAAAGAGACGGACCAGAAUGGACGGAGACUCACCUCACUGCUCUGGAAGCCCUUGCCUCAUUUUCUGGCCAACGGCUUAUUUCGCUUCUACAACGUGACCUGUCGAACAGAGGGUGGUCUGGUUCUGACUGACAAUGGGAGCUGUAGAAACCUCCAUGGGUCCUGUACUUCUUGUAGUUUGCACCUCCCACCUGGACGCUGCUCCUGCUCUCUGACAGCCUCCACCUCUGCAGGGACCUCACCAGAAGCCUGGAUAUGGCUCCAUGGAGCUCAGGAUGCAGAGCUGCCAUCCAUGAGUCAAAUCACAGCAGUACCUCUGGAUGACCAUCACUUGGAGGUACGGUGGAUCGCUCCAGCUGAGCCUUCUCCAAGCGGUUUUGUUGUCGAAUGGUUUACUGUUAGAGAGAAAAACGACAGCACCAUUCACUGGGAGCGUCUGAAUAGGUCCUGUACAACGCUGGUAAUUUCAGAAGGAGUGGAGCCACUGACGCGUUAUACAGUAUCUGUUAGAGCGUUGUACGCUGAAGGAGGAGCAGGACAGGACAGUACGCAGCUCAUCUACACACGACAAGGAGUGCCCUCAGCUGGUCCUCAAGUGAAGGUGCAGAAGAUCUCCGGCAGUUCUGUGGAGUUCAGCUGGGCUCCUAUACCUGUGGAAGACCUGCACGGUUUCAUCUGUAACUACACAAUCUACUACGCAAUGACAAACCAACCAGCCAGGAGUGAGAUUGUACCUGGUCACGUUCGUCGUCACACUCUGCUGAAUUUAUCACCGGGUCACUACAGCGUCUACUUAAGGGCCAACACAGAGGCUGGAGCGGGGGAGAACGGGACAACCGUUAAUGUUCACAUAGGCUCUGAGGAAGUCCCAGUGGCCAUGUAUGUCAUCUGUCUCCUCGUGCUGACUUCAGGAGCGCUGCUUCUGAUGGCCGGUCUGGCUCACAGUCACAUUGUGAAGCACAAACUGUGCCAAAACAUCCCUGAUCCGUCCAACAGCAGUCUGAGCCGCUGGACCCUGAAACCAGCCUUGGAGAGCAUGAAGUGGGCUGCAACACCAGAGAAGUGUGAAAUCAAAUACUCUGAGGUGGUUUUGCUGAAUGAGAGUGAGCUCCACAACUCUGAGUUGGAUCAGGAUCUCCACUAUAAAACCAGCUGUCAUCUCCAGACGUAUUCCUCCCACCAGUGCGCUCUGCAGCCAGGAUCGGAAAGUGUUGACUCACACCAUAAGACCAGAAGUAGUGACAUGGAGAGCAUGAGGACCUCGACCGGAGCCGACGGCUCCUUGGGGGCUGGUUUCUCCUCCUGUCCCUCCAUCUACAUGAACAUCCUCUACUCCCAGGCGCUUCCUCUAUCCCUCCUCCCCCUGUCGUACACAGACGGACAUUACGGCUCCGUUCACGUUCACGAUGGGGAGCUUCAGCCAGGGGGAGCCGGUGAGCAGCCUGGGUCUCCACAGACCACCAGCAGAGGCCCGAGUCCACCUCCGUCCCAAACAGACGGACUGGGAACCCACCGUCACCUUCACGGUACUCUGUCCUUUUCCGGUCUCUGCGGCGUCUCACAUCCGUCUCCCUUCCUUUCUCAUUUAGCCAACGCUGCUUCACAGCACCUUUGCGCUCAAAAGCGCUGCAGUUCGGCCCAGCAGCUGGAGCCCGACACCUUCAGUCAGUCCACAAACCCACCUCGGACCUUUACACCUUUUACUCAGGCAGUUUUCCUGGAUUUCUCACAUUCUGCUGUGGAGUGUGAUCCGUACAUCCCUGUUUAAUUUGAAGUGUAACACAAAGAUCACAGGUUUUAGAGCAGGGGUCUCAAACGUGUGGCCCGGGGGCCAAAUGCGGCCCACCAAACGUUCCAAUGCGGCCCGUGGGAUGAAUUUGCAAAGUGCAAAAAUUCCACGGAUUCAUUUAA